AUGUCGACCCUUUCGCAUUAUGGCAAGGGUGCCCUCCGUGUGGCCAAGAACUACACCAAGGGCUACUCGCACACACAGGCCAAGGUCCGCGAUGCAACGUCAAACGACCCAUGGCCACCGUCGGGCAGGCAGAUGCAUGAAAUUGCCCAGUUGACGUACAACCAACAAGACUUCAUCGACAUCAUGGAGGUUUUGGACAAACGACUCAAUGACAAGGGAAAGAAUUGGCGGCAUGUGUUUAAGUGCUUAACAUUAAUUGAUUACCUCCUCCACGCUGGAUCAGAAAACGUCAUUCUUUACUUCAAGGAAAACAUGUACAUUAUCAAGACUCUCAGGGAGUUCCAAUACAUCGACGACGAGGCCAAAGACCAGGGCGCCAACGUCCGCCAAAAGGCCAAGGGCAUCGUCGCCCUCCUGCAGGACGAGGCCCGACUCCGGCACGAGCGCCGCACCCGUGCGCAGAUGUACGAACGCAUGGCUCGCGGACGCCGCUCGGACGAUUCGGACGAUGAUGAGCAUUUGCGGAGAGCGAUUGAGGAGAGUAAGCGCGAGGCGGAGAGGCAGCGCCAGACGGCAGAGGAUCUGGACCUGCAGCGGGCGCUCGAGCUGAGUAAGGAGGAUGAGGAGAGGAGGAGGAAGUCUCUCCAGGGCGCGAACCUCAUAUUGUUCGAUGACCAAGGGCAGGCUGUUCAGCAGCCGCAGACGGCUCCGUUGAUCGAUGCUACCUUGCCACUGCAGUAUGCGACGACCGGAAUCCAGCCUCAGUACACAGCCAUGCCUAUGCAGCCACAGUUCACCUCCUUCAACCCCUUCCAGCAGCAAGCCCAACAGGAGAUGUUGGCAGCGCAAUAUGCACAACAGCAGGCAGAAUGGCUCGCAAUGCAACAAGCGCAAGAAAUGCAGGUCAUGCAGCAGGCACAGCUGCAAGCUCAGCAAGAAGAGUGGAUGCGACAACAAGCGGCACUCCAAGCUCAAGCUCAAGCGCAGCAGCUGAUCAUGCCCCAACCCACUUCCACCCGCAUCGGGUCGAAUAACCCUUUCGCUGCCCCUCAGUCCGCGCCGCCCUUGCAGCAAACCUUCUCGUCCAGCCCGUCGCCCACAGGGCCCGCCUCGUUCAACCUCACGGGCACGUAUGCUAACCGCGACAGCCUCUUCCACCGCGACCCCGCGCGUUCACCACCAACCCACGAACGGCGCGCCGCAUCCGAAGCGGGGACGUCCGCAGCAGGUCCAGGUCGGCGCCCUGUACGCACGGGCGUCGACGAGCAGCACGCGAGGCUCGCAAGCCUCUUUGCGACCCGCGAGGAGGACGGCGUGGAUACGUUCGGGAAUGUGGGCAAUCUGCGGUUCGCGGCGACGGAGGCUGGCCGGAUCGUCGUGCAGAAGACGGGCCAUGGGAGUCACAAUCCAUUCUUGCAGCAACAGCAGCAGGAGCAGCCCCAGCGGAAUGGACGUGCGCAGGACGGCUCGUUGAUCGAUUUGUGA